AUCAAGGUGCAAUUCACUUGCAAUCGUGCCACCACCCGCCUUCAUGUCGACUAGUUGCUUGCAGCAAAGGCUUCGUAUCCUAUGCCUUCACGGAGGUCGUACCAACGGAACCGUGGUCUCGCUUCAAGUCUCCGGCUUCGUGCAGGCAUUUGGACCCGCCGCUGAUUUCGUCGAGUUGGACGCACCAUUUCCGGCCUCGGGGCCUCCUGAGGAAGAUAUUCUGAACCUUUUCGGCGACGACGAGCCGUACUUUGAAUGGUGGGAUGCCAACCACCACACGAACGCAGUUUAUCCUGGGUGGGAGCGGUCGUUAGAGUUCCUGAAACGGGAAAUCACAGCGCAAGGACCGUUCGAUGCGAUCAUCGGGUUCUCUCAAGGCGCAAUGAUGGCCACCCUCUUGACGGCGCACUACUUGCAGAAGCACUGGGUUCCUUUCAAGGCCAUUAUCUUGGUCUGUGGAAUGUGGCCGCAAGAUGGCAUGCCGGCCAUCAAAGAGUCCCCAACCACCGGCAAGCCGUUGCUCAACUUCCCGUCCUUCCACGUCCUGGGCGAAAAAGACUUCAUGUACGAAGAUGGCAAAGCCCAAGUCGAGUACUUCUCGGCAUCUUCCCGUCACGUGUACACCCACGACCAAGGCCACCGUUUCCCCCCGUUGCCUCAAUCCAAGGACAUGUACAAGGACAUCGCUGACAAGGUCCGACGCGUCGUCGCAGCUGCCAGGGCGACCGAUGUUUGAACUCCAGUAUUGUUCACCGAAUUUGUCAUCUAGUUACCUAAAUAGAAAGUGCAUGUCAUUUGUUUGA